AUGAAGAAAAGCGAAGUGACAGAUCUGAAAUCCCAGCUUCGCCAGCUAGCUGGAAGUAGAGCUCCAGGUGUUGAUGAUUCCAAGCGCGACCUCUUCAAGAAAGUAAUAUCCUACAUGACUAUUGGCAUUGAUGUCUCAUCCGUAUUUGGAGAAAUGGUCAUGUGCUCGGCAACAUCAGACAUCGUCCUGAAGAAGAUGUGUUAUCUUUAUGUUGGAAACUAUGCAAAGGGUAAUCCUGAUCUCUCCCUUUUGACGAUCAAUUUUCUCCAAAGGGAUUGCAAAGAUGAGGAUCCUAUGAUCCGUGGGCUUGCUUUGAGGAGCUUGUGCUCCUUAAGAGUGCCAAACCUUGUGGAGUAUCUGGUUGGUCCCUUGGGGAGCGGGCUAAAGGACAAUAACAGCUAUGUGAGAACAAUCGCUGUAACUGGAGUACUAAAGCUGUAUCACAUCUCUGCCUCGACAUGCAUCGACGCUGAUUUUCCGGCAACACUGAAAAGUUUGAUGCUUCAUGAUUCAGAUGCUCAGGUAGUUGCCAAUUGCCUGUCUGCACUUCAAGAAAUUUGGAGUUUAGAAGCAAGUCACUCUGAGGAAGCAUGCCGGGAGAAGGAAUCCUUGCUUAGCAAACCACUUAUAUAUUAUUUCUUGAAUCGGAUCAAAGAGUUCAAUGAAUGGGCACAAUGUCUCAUACUUGAGUUGGCAGUGAAAUAUGUGCCGUCAGAUAGUAAUGAUAUAUUUGACAUUAUGAACCUGUUGGAAGACAGACUUCAGCAUGCCAAUGGAGCUGUUGUCUUGGCAACAGUCAAAGUGUUUCUACAGUUAACACUCUCCAUGACUGAUGUUCAUCAACAGGUAUAUGAGCGUAUUAAAUCCCCACUUCUGACUCUCGUCAGUUCUGGAAGUCCAGAGCAGUCGUAUGCAAUCUUGAGCCAUCUUCAUCUUUUGGUUGUUCGUGCGCCAUUCAUCUUUGCCGCGGACUAUAAGCAUUUCUACUGCCAGUACAAUGAACCCUCAUAUGUCAAAAAGUUGAAGCUUGAGAUGUUGACUGCUGUUGCAAAUGAGAGCAACACUUACGAAAUUGGUAUUGUUUCAAACUAUGUCAAUAUGGAAUCUGGAACGAAAACCUUUCUCUUCUGGCUCUUUAACGUGGCUGCUUCGUUAUUUUCUGUCCAUUCAGUGACGGAACUGUGUGAGUAUGCUGCAAACGUUGAUAUUGCAAUUGCAAGGGAAUCAAUUCGGGCAGUUGGGAAGAUUGCUUUGCAGCAGUAUGAUGUAAAUGCCAUUGUUGAUAGACUUCUUCAGUUUCUGGAGAUGGAAAAGGACUAUGUCACUGCUGAAACUUUGGUUCUUGUGAAGGAUCUUCUAAGGAAGUAUCCGCAAUGGAGCCAUGAUUGCAUUUCUGUUGUAGGCGGUAUCAGCAGUAAAAAUGUCCAGGAACCGAAAGCUAAGGCGGCUCUUAUAUGGAUGUUGGGUGAAUAUGCUCAAGACAUGAGUGAUGCUCCUUAUAUUUUGGAGAAUCUGAUAGAAAACUGGGAAGAGGAGCAUUCGGCUGAGGUUCGGUUGCAUCUUCUAACUGCAGCAAUGAAAUGCUUUUUCAAGAGGCCACCUGAGACUCAGAAAGCCCUAGGAAUAGCUCUAGCUGCAGGCAUGGCUGAUUUUCAUCAGGACGUUCAUGAUCGAGCCUUGUUCUACUAUCGGGUUCUGCAAUACGAUGUACAUGUUGCAGAACGUGUUGUUAGCCCUCCAAAACAGGCGGUUUCAGUCUUUGCUGACACUCAAAGCAGUGAAAUCAAGGACCGUAUCUUUGACGAGUUUAACAGCCUUUCUGUGAUCUACCAGAAGCCAUCUUACAUGUUCACGGAUAAGGAACACCGAGGUCCGUUUGAGUUUUCAGACGAACUUGGGAAUGUUUGCAUCACACCUGAAGCCUCCAGCGACAUUGUUCCAGCUCAGCAAUUUGAGGCAAAUGACAAGGACCUGCUUCUGAGUACUGACGAGAAGGAUGACAACAAAGGACUUUCCAGUAACAAUGGCUCCGCUUACACGGCUCCUUCGUUUGAAAACUCUAAUAUAUCCUCACAACUGCAAGAGCUUGCAAUCUCUGGACCCGCCACGUCCGCAACAACCCCACAGUCUAGCUUUGAUUUUGAUGAUCUCCUUGGUUUGGGUUUACCAACAGCUCCUGCUCCAACAUCAUCACCGCCUCUCUUGAAACUUAACCCAAGAGCUGCUCUAGACCCAGGCGCAUUCCAACAGAAAUGGCGCCAAUUGCCAAUAUCAUUAACACAGGAGUAUUCUGUGAAUCCCCAGGGAAUCGCGGCAUUGACAGUUCCGCAAUCACUUAUCAAACACAUGCAGAGCCAUUCCAUCCACUGCAUCGCAUCGGGCGGUCAAUCUCCAAACUUCAAGUUCUUCUUCUUUGCUCAAAAGGAAUCAGAAGCCUCAAACUAUCUCACUGAGUGUAUCAUAAACUCUUCAUCCGCCAAAGCUCAGAUUAAAGUCAAAGCGGACGAGCAGAGUACCUCCCAGGCAUUCGCAACCGUAUUUGAAACAGCCUUGUCCAAAUUUGGCAUGCCUUGA